UGAGAAGAAGAAGCACAGUAGAGAAGAAAGGCAGAGCCAGCACACUUAACCUUUGCUAACAUGGGGAACUGGGCUGUGAAUGAGGGACUCUCCAUCUUUGUCAUUCUGGUGUGGUUGGGGCUGAACGUCUUCCUCUUUGUCAAGUACUACAAGGUUUAUGAUGAUGAGCCUAAGUAUAAUUAUACUCGAAAACUCCUUGGGUCAGCACUGGCUCUGGCCCGGGCACCUGCGGCCUGCCUGAAUUUCAACUGCAUGCUGAUCUUGUUGCCAGUGUGUCGGAAUCUGCUCUCGUUCCUCAGGGGUUCCAGUGCGUGUUGCUCGACCAGAAUUCGAAGACAACUGGACAGGAACCUCACCUUCCAUAAGAUGGUAGCUUGGAUGAUAGCACUUCACACUGCCAUUCACACCAUUGCACAUCUGUUCAACGUGGAGUGGUGUGUGAAUGCCAGAAUCGGGAUUUCUGAUCCAUACUCAGUAGCACUCUCUAAAAUCGGAGAUGAGGACAAUGAAGAGUAUCUCAAUUUUGCUAGAGAAAAAAUCAAGAACCCUGAAGGGGGCCUGUAUGUGGCCGUGACUCGGUUGGCUGGCAUCACAGGAAUUGUCAUCACACUGUGUCUCAUACUGAUCAUCACAUCCUCUACCAAAACUAUCCGGAGGUCUUACUUUGAAGUGUUCUGGUAUACACACCAUCUCUUUGUGAUCUUCUUCAUCGGUCUUGCCAUCCAUGGAGCAGAACGAAUCGUACGUGGACAGACUUCAGAAAGUUUGAAAGAGCAUAAUUUAGAUUUCUGUGCAGACAAAAUCGAAGAAUGGGGGAAAAUCAAGGAGUGUCCAGUACCCAAGUUCGCUGGAAACCCUCCCAUGACUUGGAAAUGGAUAGUGGCUCCCAUGUUCCUGUACCUCUGUGAGAGGUUGGUCCGGUUCUGGCGAUCUCAACAGAAGGUGGUCAUCACUAAGGUGGUCACUCACCCUUUCAAAACGAUUGAGCUUCAGAUGAAGAAGAAGGGCUUCAAGAUGGAGGUGGGACAGUACAUUUUUGUCAAGUGCCCCACAGUAUCCAAGCUAGAGUGGCACCCAUUCACACUGACCUCUGCUCCUGAGGAAGACUUUUUUAGCAUCCAUAUCCGUAUUGUGGGAGACUGGACCGAGGGGCUAUUCAAUGCUUGUGGCUGUGAUAAGCAAGAGUUCCAAGAUGCCUGGAAACUACCUAAGAUAGCAGUUGAUGGGCCCUUUGGUACAGCCAGUGAAGAUGUGUUCAGCUAUGAGGUGGUGAUGUUGGUGGGAGCCGGGAUUGGAGUCACACCCUUUGCCUCCAUUCUCAAGUCCGUCUGGUACAAAUAUUGUGAUAAUGCCACUAAUCUGAGACUCAAAAAGAUCUACUUCUACUGGCUGUGCAGGGACACGCAUGCCUUUGAGUGGUUUGCAGACUUGCUGCAGCUGCUGGAGACCCAGAUGCAGGAAAGGAACAAUGCCGACUUUCUCAGCUACAACAUCUACCUUACUGGCUGGGAUGAAUCUCAGGCCAAUCACUUUGCUGUGCACCACGAUGAGGAGAAAGACGUGAUCACAGGCCUAAAACAGAAGACACUGUAUGGACGGCCCAACUGGGAUAACGAGUUCAAGACCAUUGCAAGUGAACACCCUAACACCAGAAUAGGAGUUUUCCUGUGUGGCCCCGAAGCCUUGGCUAAAACUCUCAGUAAACAGAGCAUCUCCAACUCAGAGUCCGGCCCGCGUGGAGUCCACUUCAUUUUCAACAAGGAAAACUUCUAACUCAGCUCUUUCACCAGGAAACCAAUGUUUGCUGCCAAAUGCCCUGAUAUUGCCAGUUGAUUGUAGGAAAGGAGAAGGCAAGGAAACCAUAAUGACACAGGCCCCCUAAAAAGAAUUCCAAAGAUUAUUUGCUAGUCAUAGGGCAUAUCUACAUGAAGCUUCAUGGUUUCAGAGCACUGUUUACAACCAUUGUUAUGUUGCAUCGUUUCAUAUUUCCCUCUUCCAUGCCAGGAGAGGGUAAGACAAAAGCAUUUUCUGGGACUUGUUCUAGGAUAAACAAUAGAAGUUCAAAUGAAUUCAGCCCCUUCCUUCCGAUUCAGAAGCUGAAACCAGAUCUAGGCCACGAAACUACAAUAACUUGUAUUUUGAUUACAGAAGUUUUAUCACCACUAGUACCAGCAUCUUCCUGAAAUAUAAAUCCUAGAAACCGUAAUCCCCAAAUAACUGGGUUGAUAGUAAAAUCACACCCAAUAUUUUGUGAGUAUCCAGAAGUGCAAGACAGAGUGUAGAUCACUGCCAGAGUAGUCACAUGUGGAAAAAAAAAUCUCCUCCUGUUUCUGGGAACUAAAAGCAUUUCUGAUUGCCCCACCACCAGGAAUACAAAGACUUAUGACUUCAGCUUUGGUAAUGAGGAAGGAAGAGUAGAGGGCAGAGGCCUUGUUGGAGAGAAACCGUGGAGAGAACAGGAGAGAAAAGAAAGCACAACACCCAAAAGGGAAAAGAGAGGGGGAAAGGGGCUCAUGGUGGUUGGGAUUCAACCUCCAUUUCUAUCUGACGUGUAUCACAUGUAACUGAAGGAUGCAUGUGCUCAUCUUUUUUUGAUUUCAUAUAGUAUUGCAUAGUUUCACUUCCGGUCACAACUUUUGCUAUUGUAUGGACAUUUUGAAGAGACCAGACGAAGUGAGGGCUCAGAUUCUCCUUAGAUUCCUGCUAUCCCCCCCGCCCCCCGUUCUCUUAACGUCCUUUGAGCACUGAAGGCUAGUUCUGGCAAAUAAAGCCUUUCUAGAUGUAAUGUGCACAUACAUAGCACCACGAAAAUUGUUGCCCUUGGAGAAAGGUCCAGAGCCUUCAUGUUUCACCCUAGGCAUUAGUUCAUUGAUUCAACAUACAUUUGUUUGGUAUAAUUAAUAUGAGUCCAUUUUAAUUAUUUAUGGCCAAGUUUGAGCUAGAGAGAGAUCUCAGUUACAAGGACUCUGAAAAUACCUUUCUAACAAAGGUGGUAAUGAGUCUGUUUGUUGCUCCAAAAAUGUUUCUCCAGUUUGCUGGUUUUUUCCCUCUUUUUCUUUAUUCUUCAAUAGACCCAGACUGCAGCUUCCCUUUUCCCCCUCUCCCAGCCCUGCCCCACACCUCCUUUCUUUCCCCCAUAUCCAUUGCUCCCCUGUUUCCUGUCCAAAAAAAAAAAAAAAAAGAGCAGGCCUCCCAGGGAUAUCAACUGAACACAGCAAAAUAAGAUGCAAUAAGACAAGGCACAAACCCUCAUAUCAAGGUUGGAUGAGGCAACCCAGUAGGAGGAAAAGGGUCCCAUAAGCAAGCAAUAGUUGAUAUCGACAUAGUUCCCAAAAUAGAGAUCUAUCCUGAGUUAUUCUGGUUAUGAGAUGGAAAAUGAGUGCACAUGUGCUUCUUGUUUGAGAACUUCCUUCUUUUCCCUCCCAAGACCCCAGUUCCCGGUCCCCAGCCACCAGUCCCUAGUUCCUAGUCCCCAGCUCCCAGCCACCAGCUGCCAGCAUAGCUCUUUCCAUAUUUAGUUCUUAGAAUUUAGUAACAGAUACUGAGAUCUGUCUUUAGUAACAAAUCUAAAAUGAGAAAAUAAGGCUAGAAAUUAUUUUCUUAGUUUUUCCUGCUUUUGCAAUAUCAUUUUUAUGGAAUUUGAGUACUUUCGGCCAUUGUAUAUGAAUGUCUGGGGUGGGGCGGGCAAGAAGAUAAUCUGGAGAUAACUUUUAGAAAUAACUAUUAAAGCUUGCUUUGAUGCUGAAA